UGGGUACUGGGCGGAGAUCUCGUUCUUGAAGCUCGAAAGUGAAAGUAGAAAAAGCAUUAUAGAAGGCUUGAUGCUUUUUGUAACUUGAUGGUUAACAUUAUCACAGGUUUGUAAACCGUGUAAGGCUUAUCAUUAUCGUAACCUAUGUGGUCUAUACAUGGACCAAUGAGAUUGCGCGCAUGUCGGCCCCUUCCUCAACUGUUCAUCGAGUGUGUGCCACGGACACCACCAUUUUUUAUGCCCUUCCUGUGAAGGACUUCAAAGAAAGAUGGCCAGCCCUGUUUGAGCUCACUCAGCAAUGCUCAGGAGCCUCGGGACUGUCAGGAGCCUCGGGACUGUCAGGAGCCUCGGGACUGUCAGGAGCCUCGGGACUGUCAGGAGCCUCGGGACUGUCAGGAGCCUCAAGACUGUCAGGAGCCUCAGGACCCGGAUGAUUCACAAAGAAUCAAACAGAACAG